AUGGCCUCCUCGUCCUCCUUCCUGCUCGCCAUGGCCGCGCUAGCAGCAUUGUUGGCUGUUGGAUCGUGCGGCACCCUACUGACCUGGACGGUCGGCAAGGGCUCUAGUUUCAACCGCCUAGUCCUUGUCGCCAACGCCGCCAUCUCUGAGGUGUCGGUCAAAGAUAAGAGCGCCACGGAAUGGUCGGACGACCUCAAGGAGUCACCAGCCAGUUUGGUUCAUGUUCAUGUCAUUCGUGCAAUGUAUGGUGGUUCAAAUGAUUGA